UCGGAGAAUUUUGGGUCAAUCAUGAUGUAGCUCGCGCGUUACCCUCCUUGCUCCCGCUUUGGGACCUCGGAGGGAGCCAGUCCGGUCCCAAUCGGGAAAUUGGAGCACUCCUUUUGGGGAAACUGCGUUUACACACAUUAAACUUCCCAUGCCAUCAAUCCAUAAAUGUAUGGCGAUGCCACCGCCCUCUGUCGACGUCCUUCUCCGUAUCACUCUCUCAAUCUCCCCGCCCGACUCUUGCCUUCCCGAGCGGCCGCCAAGAUGUCGUCGCACGAGUCGGACCAGAUCAACAGCGAGAAGCCAACUGCUUCUGCUGCCGAGAUCAAGACGGCGGCCGUCCCUGUCACGCACGCACCCAAGGAUGGCGUCAAGGAGAAGGCGGUGCGCAAUGCCGAGCUGUUCGCCGCUAUCAAGGAGGCCAACAUCAACCCCUGGAGCAAGACCUCUUUCCAUCUCUACUAUGCUAUCUUUAUCGCUUUCUGCUGUGCCUGCGCCAACGGCUACGAUGGUUCCCUCAUGACGUCCAUCAUUGCCAUGGAGCCCUUCCAGGAGAAGUUCCAGACUGGUGGCUCCACCGGAUCGCGUGUCUCCGUCAUCUUCUCGCUCUACACUGUUGGCGCCAUGGUUGGCGCUCCCUUUGCUGCCGUCAUCGCUGACUGGUACGGACGCCGCAAAGCAAUGUUUGCUGGCUCUAUUAUUAUUAUUGUCGGCAUGAUCAUCAUCUCGACCGCGUCGGCAUUCGCGCAGCUCGUCGUUGGCCGUUUCGUCCUCGGUGUCGGAAUCUCUGUCAUGACGGUCGCUGCACCCUCGUACUCGAUCGAGGUUGCCCCGCCGCACUGGCGCGGCCGUUGUACGGGGCUAUACAACUGCGGCUGGUUUGGCGGCUCCAUCCCGGCUGCCCUCGUCACCUUCGGCACCAACUACAUGGGCAACGACUACUCCUGGCGCGUGCCUAUGAUCCUGCAGGCCUUUGCCUGCGUCAUAGUCCUGACCUCGGUCUUCUUCAUCCCCGAGUCUCCCCGUUGGCUCAUGGCCAACGGCCGCGAGGACGAGGCUAUCGCGUUCCUCGUCAAGUACCACGGCAACGGCGACCCCAACUCGCGCCUGGUCCGCCUUGAGGUCGAGGAGUUCAGGGAGGGAAUCCGUCAGGACGGUAUCGACAAGACCUGGUGGGACUACCGGCCGUUCCUCAUGUCGCACAGCGGCCGCUGGCGUCUUGCUCAGGUCUUGAUGAUCUCUAUCUUCGGCCAGUUUUCCGGCAACGGCCUCGGCUACUUCAACACGGUCAUCUUCAAGGGCAUCGGUGUCGACAGUGUCCCGCAGCAGCUUGGCUACAACAUCCUCAACCAGGCCCUGUCGUGCGUGUGCGCCGUGUCCGCCGCCUCGCUGACCGACCGGCUGCCGCGCCGCAAGGUGCUCGUCAUCGGCACCUUCAUGUGCGCCGUCGCGCUGGCUACCAAUUCAGGCCUCUCGGCCGUCCUCGACAAGCAGCGUCGGGAGAACAAUGGCAACUUCGACCUGUCGUACGGCCAGGGCGCGCUAGCAUCUUACUUCAUAUUUAAUGCAAUCUUUAGUCUCACCUACAGCCCCCUGCAGGGCGUCAUCCCUAGCGAGGCGCUCGAGACGACCACCCGGGCCAAGGGCCUCGCGCUCUCGGGCUUCAUCGUCAACGCGGUGGGCUUCAUCAACCAGUUUGCUGGCCCCAUCGCCCUGGACGAGAACAACCUCGGAUACAAGUACAUCUACGUCUUCGUCGGCUGGGACGUUUUCGAGUCCAUCGUCUGGUACCUUUUCUGCGUCGAGUCCCAGGGCCGCACCCUCGAGCAGCUCGAGUGGGUCUACAACCAGCCCAACCCCGUCAAGGCCUCGCUCAAGGUCGACAAGGUCAUCCUCGCCGAAGACGGCAGGGUCGCCGAGAAAAUUGUGGCCUAAGAGGUCGGGCCUGUCAUGAUCUGGUGGAUAAUGCGCUCGAUUCUGUAUUUCGGUUGCUCAGAGGGCUGGGAAGAAGGUGGGUUGCUCGCCCGAAUGCUGCG